GGAUCCGGGCCCGGCCGCGGCGGCGACACCGCCCCUCGCUCGGCCCCGCCCCGCCGGGAGGGAGGGAGACGGAGCCCGAGCCCUGCAGCCGAGCCCAGCAGCCGGAGCAGGGGGCCCCGGGCGCCCAGGACCCCACAGCGGGAGCCGGGGCCCCAGCAGCAGCGGGAGCCGGAGCCCCUCGGGGCCGCCCCCCUCCGUGUGGCCGGCGGAGCCGCUGUCGCACCCCCGUGAGCUCCGCUGGGGGCAGGCCGGAGGCGGCGGCAGAAUUCAAUUAUUGAUGCUGGUCCCCUGCCUGGAGGGUUCAUCUGAAGACUGCCCAUGGACGAUCGAUGCUUAUGUUUGCUGAAAUUCUAGGAUUCUUUGCUUUACUGUUUAAUUUACUGAAGAGUCCAUUUUUUCCCAUGAGUCAUCUUCCACCUCUGGAAAGAUAGAGGUGCAAAGUAGCUCAACAUGAGUGGCCUUGGGGACAGCUCAACAGAUCCUGCUAACCCUGAUUCCCGGAAGAGGAAGGGGUCGCCGUGUGAUACGUUGGCCCAGAGCAAUGAAAAGCGACGCCGGGAGCAAGAGAAUAAAUACUUAGAGGAGCUGGCGGAGCUGCUGUCGGCAAACAUUGGCGACAUCGACACCCUGAGUGUCAAGCCAGACAAAUGCAAGAUUCUAAAAAAGACGGUCGACCAAAUCCAGCAGAUGAAGAGGUUGGAACAAGAGAAAACAGCUGAUGAUGACGUCCAGAAGUCUGACAUCUCAUCCAGCAGCCAAGGAGUGAUCGAAAAGGAAUCUCUGGGACCUCUUCUCCUGGAAGCGCUGGAUGGCUUUUUCUUCGUUGUGAAUCGUGAGGGGAGGAUUGUGUUUGUGUCCGAGAAUGUGACCAGCUACCUGGGUUAUAACCAGGAGGAGCUCAUGAAUACCAGUGUCUACAGCAUCCUGCAUGUAGGGGAUCAUGCGGAGUUUGUCAAGAAUUUGCUGCCAAAGUCUCUAGUAAAUGGAGUUCCUUGGCCUCAGGAAGCAACCAGACGCAGCAGCCAUACCUUCAGCUGCCGGAUGCUGAUCCGCCCCCCUGAUGAGCUGGGUGCGGAGAACCAGGAGGCUCGCCAGCGCUAUGAGGUGAUGCAGUGCUUCACCGUGUCCCAGCCCAAAUCAAUCAAAGAGGAAGGAGAAGAUUUCCAAUCUUGUCUGAUAUGUAUUGCACGGAGAUUACCUCGACCUGCAGCUGUCACCAGUUCAGAAUCUUUCAUGACCAAGCAAGAUACUACAGGUAAAAUUAUCUCCAUUGACACCAGUUCCCUGAGAGCCGCAGGCAGGACUGGCUGGGAGGAUUUAGUGCGGAAGUGCAUCUAUGCUUUCUUCCAGCCUCAGGGCAGAGAGCCAUCUUAUGCCAAACAGCUAUUUCAAGAAGUGAUGACGCGUGGCACGGCCUUCAGUCCAUCGUACAGAUUCACGCUGAGCGACGGGACGGUACUUAGCGCCCACACCAAGUGUAAGCUCUGCUAUCCUCAAAGCCCAGAAAUGCAGCCUUUCAUCAUGGGCAUCCAUAUCAUUGACAGGGAUCACCACAUGCUCUCUCCUCAAGAGAACACUAACUCUGGAAUGCCCCUUCCCCGUGUCAGCCCUGCGCUGAACCCCAGCAUCUCCCCAGGGCAAGGCAUGGCUCUCUCGUCUGCCAUCCCUCCAUCCAACAGCGGCAUGUUGGCGACCAGUGUAAAUCAGCAGCCAGGCUCUGGCCUCCAUAGCAGCAAUUCCAGCACCGGCCAGACGAGCUUUGGGUGUUCACCUGGGAAUCAGAUCGGAGCCAAUGUUGCCUUAAGCCAGGGACAAGCUGGUCCCCAGAACAAUAACCACCUUUUAAACCUCAAUAGCUCCCCCUUGAAUAGUCCAGGGAUUACCCCAGCACAGUUCAUGUCUCCUAGGCAUCGGGUUAGCCCAGGAUUGGUACCAAGGCCCAGAAUGCCAAGCAAUCCUUUCUCUCCUACCAUGCCUACCAUGCACUCUCCUGUGGGCAUGGCAAGCGGUGGCUGCAGCAGCGGUGGCAGCAGCAACAGGCCUUUCCCCAGUGCCCCAAUAAACUCUAUGCAGGGGCUUAAUGAAGGCCCCAGCACCCCCAUGGGCUACUCCACGCCACCUCCCAUUCUGAGGCAGCCGAGCUCCCAGAACUCGCCUGGCCGGCUCAGCAUGCAGCCUGUGAAAACGGAGCCGAAAGACAGCAAGGAGAUUACCUCCAUCCUGAGCGAGAUGAUUCAGUCUGACAGUGGCUCGAGCGAUGGCAAGCCACUGGACUCAGGCCUGCUACAUGCCAGUGACAGACUCGCGGAGGGAGACACCAAGUGCUCCCAAGCUACCAGCCACAAGCUGGUUCAGCUCCUGGCCACAACGGCAGAACAACAGCUGCGGCAUGCUGAUGCAGACACUAGCUGCAAAGAUCCCUUAUCCUGCACAGGUGCCUCUGGGAACCCUCCAGGCAAUGCGUGUCCCUCUUCCCAUAGCUCCCUCACAGAGCGGCACAAGAUCUUACACCGUCUCUUGCAGGAGGGCAGCCCCUCCGACAUCACCACUCUGUCCAUGGAGCACGACAAGAAGGAUACUGCGCCAAAUGCUGCCGCCACCCCUACCUCUCAGAGUCAGAUCCCGGGGACCCCUGAAAUCAAACUGGAGCCAGAGGCCUUGAAGAAAAAGGAGUCCAAGGACCAUCAGCUCCUACGCUACCUACUAGACAAGGAUGAGAAGGACCUUGCCGCAGUCCCGGCCCUGAGUCUGGACGACGUGAAGGUGAAAGUGGAGAAAACGGAGCAGAUGGAUCCGUGCAAUACGACUCCGGCCCAGCUGACCAAGCCCCCUGCCGCAGAGGAGGUAAAGCUAGAGUCGCAGGGCCAGUUUGCUGCUGACCUUGACCAGCUCGAUCAGCUGCUGCCUUCGCUGGAGAAAGCAGCCCAGUUGCCAGGCUUGUGUGGGACAGAUAGAACCGAAAGCAGCAUGGCUGGUGUUGCGGUCAAACCUGAGAUCCUGGCAGCCCCCCUCCAGCCCAGCGCUGCAGCAAGAACUCCAAUGGGGCUUAAUAGAUUGUCUGAACUGGAGUUGGGAGUCUCUGAUCAACAGUUUGGACAGCCAGGAAUGGGUGACCAGAUUCCAUGGGCAGAUAACACCAUGGCCUCCAUGAAUCGAGUAUCUUUGAAUAAACCAGACGACCAGUGCAUCACUUCCCAGCUGGACGAACUCCUAUGCCCUCCCACCACGCCGGAGGGCCGGAAUGACGAGAAAGCCCUGCUCGAGCAGCUUGUGUCCUUCCUGAGUGGCAAAGAUGAAACGGAGUUGGCGGAAUUGGACCGAGCUCUUGGGAUUGACAAAUUGGUUCAGGGAGGCAGCCUGGAAGUGCUGACUGACAGAUUCCAGCCACAGCAAGCGACACCGUCUCUUCUAAUGGAUCAGAAGCCUGGCCUGUACCCCCAGCCUUAUUCUUCUGCUUCUACUGCUAAUCUCCCCAGCCCUUUCCAAGGCAUGGUCAGGCAGAAACCUUCUUUCGGGCCCAUGCCGGUUCAGGUACCAUCGCCCCGAGGGGCUUUCCCCACCAACAUGGGAAUGCAGCCACGGCAGAUUCUAAACAGGCCACCGACAGCCCCCAACCAGCUGAGACUUCAGCUGCAGCAGCGGCUACAAGGGCAGCAGCAGCUGAUACACCAAAAUCGGCAGGCGAUCCUGAACCAGUUUGCAGCAAAUUCUCCGGUCGGCAUCAGUAUGAGGGCAGGCAUGCAGCCACAGAUUACGCCUCAGCCACCUCUGAAUGCACAGAUGCUGGCCCAGCGCCAACGAGAGCUGUACAGCCAGCAGCAUCGGCAGAGGCAGCUAAUGCAGCAGCGAGCCAUAUCAAUGAGACAGCAGAGCUUCGGGAACAACCUUCCUCCCUCAGCUGGACUCCCAGUGCAGAUGGGGGCCGCUCGCCUCCCCCAGGCACCCCCACAGCAGUUUCCCUAUCCCCCCAACUACGGUACGAAUCCAGGAAACCCUCCCACCUCCACCAGCCCCUUUUCGCAGCUGGCAUCGAACCCUGAGGCAGCACUGGCCAGUCGCAACAGCCUGGUGAACAGAGGGAUGAUGGGGAACGUUGGAGGGCAGUUUGGUGCCGGGAUGACACCUCCCAUGCAGCAGAACAUCUUCCAGUACUCUGGGUCAGGUAUGGGUCAGCAAAGUGAGCCUGCAUUCGCUCCAUCGCUCAGCCCCAGCAGCCCUCUGGUGUCGCCGCAGAUCCCUCCUUCGCAGAGCCCCAUGCUCCAGCCAGCUCCAUCGACCCCUGGGUACCCGUCCCCAGACAUGAAGACUUGGCAGCAAGGAACAAUGGGGAAUAAUAAUGUAUUCAGCCCAGCUGGGCAGAACCAGCCCACACCUGCGCAGCAGGGAAUGUACAACAACAUGAGCAUCACCGUGUCCAUGGCCGGAGGAAACACAAACGUCCAGAACAUGAAUCCAAUGACUGGACAAAUGCAGAUGAGCUCACUGCAAAUGCCCGGGAUGAACUCCAUGUGCUCUGAGCAGGUAAAUGACCCAGCACUGAGACCCGCCGGCCUUUACUGCAACCAGCUUUCCUCCACUGACCGUUUGAAAACAGAAGCAGACGGGGCGCAGGUACAACAGGUUCAGGUGUUUGCUGACGUGCAGUGUACAGUGAAUCUGGUAGGCGGAGACCCUUACCUGAACCAGCCUGGUCCAGUGGGCUCGCAGAAAAGCACGACAGGUCCUCAGACCCCUCAGGCCCAGCAGAAGAGCCUCCUUCAGCAGCUACUGACUGAAUAACUGCUUUUAAAGGAAUGUGAAAUUUAAAUAAUAAGACAUACAGAGAUAUAUAAAUAUAUAUAUAUUAUAUAUUUUUCUGAGAUUUUUGAUAUCUCAAACUGCAGCCAUUCUUCAGCUCGUAGUGUUUGGAGCAAAAGUUUUUUUUGUUUUGGGGUUGUUAUUUUCUUUUUGUCCUUCGGGUGGUUUUUGUUUGUUUGUUUGUUUUUGUAAAAGGCGUUGGAUGUUGGCAAAGCGACAAGGCAGGACAGUCGGUUUCUUGAGCCAAAAUUACAGAUGAUUCUUAUUUUUGUAAUCAGUUGCUGGCAUCUUACUCCAGACGAAGGUUUCUCGGGGAAGUGGGGAAGGGGAUGGAGGAAGAAGCGAGUUGAAAGAGACUGCUUCGGAAGGAGGACGAUCAUCUCAGUUUCAGCUGGAUCUGUCACUGAUUCGUGUCUCAGCCCAGUGGGAAGGUGGGGAAUUGACACCAGACUUCUAUCAGAAAGGCUGUUUUUAUUCAUGCUUAAAAAACCCAAACACCUUUUCUCCCUUCUGCCCCAGUCCGCUUGUGCGUACAAUCAGCUUUUUCUAGCAAUCGUGAGUUUGUCAGUUUUAAAGAAAAACAGAGAGUAUUUUGACCCACCAUUUUCCCCAUGUUUUAUGCUGGUGUUUAAAGCCUCCUAGCGAGAGAGGCCACAAUGUGUAUAUUACAUUGGGGGAAAACAAUAAUAAAAAGACAAAAAAAAAGAACAGUUUGGGGGGAAAAGCUGCAAUAAUUUUUAG